GAAAUUUGGGCUGAAUUCUCAAGUCCAACCUGAGAAAUUUCAUGGAAAUCAAAACGAAACCCAAAAAAAGUGAAAAACCAAAUCAAUGGAAAGCAGUGGGAAACGAAAAAACCCCAAUUUUCUUCUACCCACGAAGCAAUCAUUCUCCCAUUUGUCUAGACUGUCUCCCUAUACCGCCAUCGUUCCCCUGCACAUACAAGAAGUCUGAUUCUGUCUGUAUCAUCCCCUCACCGCCAUUGUUUUUUACCCCUCCGAAAAGUUUCCAUUUUCUUCGACUAAUAAACUGAAAUUAAAUUAAAGAGUGAGAAAUGGGGUCUGGGCGAGAAGUGGCAAUAUCACUAGAUGGAGUGAGGGACAAGAACGUGAUGCAGCUGAAGAAGCUCAACACUGUCCUCUUCCCUGUUCGUUACAACGACAAGUACUAUGCUGAUGCUCUGGCUUCUGGCGAAUUCACCAAGCUUGCAUAUUACAGUGACAUCUGUGUUGGAUCAAUUGCUUGCCGGCUGGAGAAGAAGGAAGGUGGGGCAAUCCGUGUGUACAUCAUGACAUUGGGUGUGUUAGCACCAUAUCGUGGGCUAGGCAUUGGUACAAGGCUAUUGAACCAUGUUCUUGAUCUCUGUUCAAAGCAGAACAUACCAGAAAUUUACUUGCACGUUCAGACAAACAAUGAAGAUGCCAUCAACUUCUACAAGAAAUUUGGAUUUGAAAUCACAGAGACAAUCAAGAACUAUUACACAAACAUUGAGCCUCCUGACUGCUUUGUUCUUACCAAGUUCAUCACUCCAUCACAAGGGAAGAAAUAGCAGUUCAAAUCUAGUACUGUUCGCAGAAGUCAUUGGUUAUUAUUGAUAUGUUAUUGAAUUUUAUAAAUUCUUAUACUUGGGGAUUAUUUUGAUGAUAAGGAUGAUGUAAUGCAUUAAUGACAUGAGUUAUGGCGUUG